GGUGUGUUUUUCUCGCUCUCUCCCUCCCCUCUCAUUCUCAUUCUGUCAUUCUCUCUCUCUCUCUCUCUCUCUCCCUCAAUCUCAAAAAAUAACACCCUCCUUGUGAUGUGCUUAUGAGUCAGAGUUCCCAAAAGCACAGCGGAGGAUACGGACCAGUAGCUACAGCUCACUGCAGUAGAGGAGACGAGCAGAUGCGAUACAGAUAUUCCUCCAGUAUGGAUCUGACCGAAGAGGAUGACUAUGAUUACCACAACAACCUCACCCUGAACUACAGCUACGAGGACUACCACACCGUGUGUGAGAAGGCUGAUGUGCGCUCCUUCGCUGGCCUCUUCCUCCCUGUGGUGUACGCAGCCUGUGUGGUGGUGGGGCUAGCCGGGAACUCCCUGGUGCUAGCUGUGUACGCCUACCACAAAUGUCUGAGAAGAAGCAUGACGGAAGCCUUCCUAGCCCACUUGGCCGUAGCCGACCUCCUCCUCCUCCUCACCCUGCCCUUCUGGGCUGCAGACGCGGCACUGGGCUGGGAGCUGGGCCUGCCUCUCUGUAAGCUGGUCUCGGCUUGCUACGCCAUCAACUUCACCUGUUGCAUGCUGCUGCUAGCCUGUGUUAGCAUGGACCGCUACCUAGCAUCUGUUAGAGCGGAGGGCAGGAACCAGGGAAGGCUGGGCAGGGUCUUCACCCGGGCGCACUGUGGGAAGGUCUGCCUAGGGGUGUGGGCUGUGGCUUUUCUCCUGGGUCUUCCCGAUCUUCUGUUCUCCACAGUAAGGGAGACCUCCAGGAGGAGGGUCUGCAUGGCCAUCUACCCGCCCAGUCUGGCCCGGGAGGUCAAGGCCUGCCUGGAGGUGGUUGAGGUCCUACUGGGUUUCCUGAUUCCUCUCCUGGUUAUGAUGUGGUGCUACGCCGGCGUGGGGCGUGUGCUGAGGCGGCUGCCCGAGGAGAGCAGGAGCAGGAGGCGGAGAGCUAUCCGGGUGUUGCUGGUCGUGGUGGGGUUGUUCGUGGUCACCCAGUUGCCCUAUAACGCGGUGAAGAUGUGGCGGGCGAUGGACUCGGUCUACACACUGGUGACCCACUGUGGUGUGAGUAAGGCCCUGGACCGGGCGGCACAGGUCACUGAGAGCCUGGCUCUGACCCACUGCUGUCUCAACCCACUACUCUAUGUCUUCCUAGGGUCCUCCUUCAGACAAUAUGCGCUGAAAACAGCCAAGGCGUUUGGAGAAAGGACGAAGAGGAGAAGGGGGGAGCAGAGAGAGGACGAAGGAACGGAGAUGUCCUUCAACUCUCACAACACUGCCUCUCAGGAGACCAGCACCUUCUCCAUAUGAAAGAGAAGAGAGAGGGGGAGAGAGAGAGAGAGAGAGAGAGAGAGAGAGAGAGAGAGAGAGAGAGAGAGAGGAUCUCUUUGGCUAACACCUUUGUAUCACAUGAGAUUCUAGCACUUUUAUAGAAUGAGGACCUCCUCAACCCACCAAAUACCCGCCUCCCCUCAAGAAAGCCAGUCUGGAAAGAUCUACCUAAUGAUGACUUCAACUGACAUCUGACCUGGACACAAUGGGAGUUACCGGACCUGACAAAUAAUCACCUCAUCCCCACCCCCACGCAACAGCCCCCUGGUUUCAACCUCCCCGGGAAGGAGGGAUUCACCCUCAAUAGGUUCAGGACUGGCCACGGCCACCAAUAGGGCAUGAAAGAAAGCCCACCAUAUGCCUGUGGGGUGGCGCAAACCCUGCACCACAUUCUUGAAGUCUGUCCAAUCUACAAACUCAGCGGAGGCCUGCUCACCCUUAACACAGCAGGACUGGAAGCAAUCACUUGGCUAAAAGAUUUGAUUCAUAAUCUUGCUUCAGUGUAUUAAGAAGCUAUCAGUGCUGUAUAACCAGAUGCUUUAGUAUCAUUAAUACUAUAUAUCUGCUGCUAUGGAAUUAUUGAGCCCAACCAGGGGAAGGGUAAGGGCUAGCCUGGUCCCAGAUCUGUUUGUAAAUGUGCUGUCGUGCCAGCUCCUAUGGUCAUUGUCAAGGGGAAGUGACAAAACAGCACAAACAGAUGGGAUUAGGCUAAGGAGACGCAUUCCAGUUAUCAGAAAGGGUCUAGCAUAAAAAAAACGAGUAGAUUCAUCCUCUACCCUGCAUCUUGAAACCACAUUUUUGUUUUGACACCAGCCCUUGUCCUCAGACAUGUGGUUGACAAUGACCUCGGGGAUAGGGAAGUGUUUACAUUCCUGUCUUUUUCUAUCAAAACAACGACAAGUUCCAGACGUUAAUUAAAGCGAAAUUAUAGGGUUGCACAGAACGCAAACACACACACCCUCUCGAUUGGCCUAGCAUGUUGGGGAGUUCACACUUGUCAGUGGGGCCAGGGUACAUUGUAUUCGUGUGAGAUAAGAAAAUGGCUAUUUGAAGUUGUAAGUUACUCCUACUAAUAGCAGUCCUCUGGGAUGGGUGGUGCCGCUAAUUACAAUCACAUUAACUCAUUCCUCCAAAUGUCAGCCACAACUUACCAAAACAGGUCAAUCUUCUCCACUCUCUAAAAAAACAGCUGCAUUAUGUGGGGUGUGUCAGCCUGACCUCAGAGCCAUACAAGACAUAUCAUAUGUAUUUUUGACCACCUCCAGGACGUGAUAACUACAAAUGGUCUAGUUACUUUAGACAGAAACAAAACUAGGGAGGUUGGUCAGGGAGGAUGAGUGGGUGUAAUCUGCGACCGUCUAGCAAUCCAAAAGGUUGCAUGUUUUUGAGUCGCGUCAGUGACAACUGUAGCAUCUUAGCUAACCCUUCACCUAACCCUUAUUCUAAAUGUAACCCAUUUCACCUAACCUGCUACAGAAAUAUAACAUUUACAUAAGUAUUCACACCCAUGAGUCAAUACUUUGUAGAAGUGAUUACGGCUGUGAGUCUUUCUGGGUAAGUCUCUAAGAGCUUUCUUUGCACACCUGGAUUGUGCAACAAUUGCUCGUUAUUCUUUUCCAAAAUUCUUCAAGCUCUGUCAAAUUUGUUGUUGAUCAUUGAAAGACAACUAUUGUCAGGUCUGCCAUAUCAAAGUAGAUUUAAAUCAAAACUGUAACUCAGCCACUCAGGAACAUUCACGGUCUUCUUGGUAAGCAACUCCAGUGUAUAUUUGGCCUUGUGAUUUAGGUUAUUGUCCUGCUGAAAGGUGAAUUAAUCUCCUAGUGUCUGGUGGAAAGUAGACUGAACCAGGAUUUUGACUGUGCUUAGCUCCAUUCCAUUUAUUUUUUAUCCUGAUUUUUUAUCCUGAAACGCAUUGAAUAACACAUUCAUAAAUGGCAAAAAAAGACAAGUAAAAAAAUGUAUCAUAAGGAAUACAUUUUUGAAGUGUCUGUCCUAAGGCGCAGGAUAUAUAUACAUUAUUUUUGGGGCACAAAACUACCUCCAUACUUCCAUUCAUUUGUAUGGGUUACCUUUAGACGAGUCCCGUGGGGAAGAAGAGCAAAACGUGUUUGUGAGAGUCUGUCUCCCCUUUCUAUUGAGUGGUCAUAUUCGUUUUUAGGCCAAACCGUUCAGACACUAAAGACGUUUUUGUGAGAAGACCAAUUUUCGUGAUGUAUCUUGAUCUGACAAACAGCCCUGUUAGCUCUGUCACUGUCUACUGCAGAUGCAGAACGGCGACAUAGGCGGAUGAAAUUAACUGAGACGCAGCCCACGCAACAACAAAAAAUAACAUAUCUCUAUUUUAAACUGACAGAUUUUGAUGGGGGUUUUAUUAUGUUUCUUAGAUUGACGCACCGGUGCCAGAACAGAAGUACUCUAUUGGGGUGUUAUUUUCUUAAGUACUAUUCUUGGGAUCAGAGGAAUCUCUAAAGAUGUAAGCCCUGGGAACAAUGUCAAUCCCUCAGUCUCAAAACUAAAGACACUAAAUACCAGCAUCACCCGAAGACCCAGAGACAUUGUUCGUAAUAUUCAGUUUGCAACAUGUUUCAUUUGCUUUAAGAGUGUGGUAGGAAAAAUCGAACUAUUAUUUCACCUGCAAAAGAACAGUGAGCCUUUCAAAAAACCUGAGGCAUCUGCUCUGUAUAUUACACAGUUUUUACAUGAUCAGUCUAUGCUCUUAGCCAAAACCCUCUGUUGUGGACAAAAUUUUGAGUAACAUCCCCACUCUUUCCACCCUAAAGAAAUCAAGAAAUCUGUUAGGUACAUUUAUUAUUCAGCUCCUUGUCCACCUCAGAAAUUCACCCGAUUGCGAGUGAGCAGCAAGAUUGAGACCGCAUUUAAACACUUGUUAGUUGUUAAAGGUCCAGAACAGUUAUUCUGAUUCACAUGUAAAAUAGCCUUUUGAGUGACUAAAAUAUCCCCUAUACUUGGCAUAGAAAUGCUCAAAAUUUGAGAAAAACUACUCUUUCUACCAGAAAUGUUGAAAAUACAGGCUGUGGGCAGGGAUCUUACUUACUGAAAUUCCCAUGUCAAGAAACUUGGAUGCAGUGAGCAGUGUUGCAGUAAAAUCAUCUCAUGCUAAUUUGGUGAUACACAAAGCAACUCAAACAUUGAAAUUGCAUCAAUAAUGUCAAAUCUUUUACAUCUGCCAUUCGGCAUGUCUCUUGUGAUGAGGUUCACAGCAGCAGCGACAGAUGUGUUGACAUGACAACUGUGUCAGAGUUUUGAAAGACUCCUCCUCCUUUUUUAUUCCAUGCAGGCUGAAGACCUAGCUAGCCAGUAACUAGUCUAAACUUUUAAUUGUAUUUGCUGACACCCUAAUCAAAUGUUCAUCCAAAUAUCCAAUUUUGUGAAAAACAUGAUUUUGACUGUUCAUGACCCUUAACCCGCUUAUUUUUUUUUAUUCAGUGAUGUAUCAGUGUUGAUGUUUUGGUUGCAAUCUGGUACCAUCUGAGCUUGUUGUUGAAAUGCCUUGUUUUUACACUUUUUUUCUGUACAAUGUCAACAAAUAAACACCAUUCUUACCCAGAAAAUGUA